UGUCAUCAUAGAUAUUUGAAAAGAUCUGAAAGAUGCUUCACAAUUUUUCAAUCUUAUAAUAGACCACAUUGGCAUGAAAUCCUUAGCCCACAAUGAUCUGAUUGUAUAAUUUUAUCUGAAUUUGUUUGUUUGAAGGGAAGUCUUGGAAAUGUAAGGCAGAAUUUGGAUAAAAUGGCAAACGUAUUUCCUUUGAGCUUUUGCUCAUCAGGAUCUGUUUUUCUUCAGCCCACCAACUCAUGGAGGAACAAAAGUUCUAGAAGGUUUUAUCGUCCAUUGAAGGUGCCUGUUAUCAUGAGUUCCUCAGAGGGACAGCCGAGAGAGCAGCCAUAUGAGCGAGAGCUCAAGCUUUUCAGAUCAUCUUCUGGUAUAGUAGAGUGCAGCCAUCUUGGGUGCAAGCCAGUAUUUGAUGAGAAUGAUUUUGAAACCCUAAAUGAUGAUUUUGAUAAUUGGGUUUGUGUAGAAAAUGUCACAGAUGUUGUGAGGUCUAGAAUCAAGGCAUACCAUGAUAAAUUAAGAGACCAAGAGAGCUUAGAUUCUGCUUCUAAGGCGAAGAGUUUUUACAAGGAUUUUGCUAUUUAUCUUAAUAAGGUCUGGAUGCAGAAGGAGUUGGCAUGUAAGUACUAUGAGAAGGCCCUUGCAAGGGAAGCUUCUAGUGCAGAACUACUGGUAGAAUAUGCUGAGUUUGUGUGGAAAAGCUUGAGGAACACAACAAUGGCAGAAGAGCUUCUUGAAGAGGCACUGGAUUUGCAGAACGAUAACGUGGGUGUGUGGGGAACAUAUGCUUCCUUGAUGUGGCAGGCAGAAGAAUGUAAUGCAUGUUAGUAUUCUAUACUUGUUGUUUAGUUUGUUUUACAGUGUUUUUGCAUAUUAGAUUGUGUUUGUGUUGUAAGUAUUAGAGCUCUCCAUAUUUCUCAUGCAAUUCUACAAAGAAGUUGUUAUAUUAAUUCCAUUGAUUUGAUCAGUGGAAUUGAGUAAGACAAAGGUUGGAAUACCCUAGCUUUCUUUGAAGGGACAGAUGCUGAGAUAUUAUGUUGCAAAGUAGCUCAGUUCUGUGUUGUUUGUGUUUGAAGAAGACAUUUUUACAGUGUUGUAAAAAAAUUAUUACCAACAUAAAUAGACCUCUGAGACUGACUGGUUUAGAGGUA